ACGAAACUCUCAGAUUGUGUGGUUAUUCAAAUAAUUUACUAUACUGGUUAUCUGAGCGAGCUUUCCAUUCAACUGGUAACACUUGUUUCAACUGAAAGUUUAGUUUAAUAAAAUUUUGUUCGUUCUUUGUGACUGUUGGACUUCGAUUUUCAAUUUCAAUAGUGAUUCUAGUGACUAUUACUUUUAAGGAAGUUAAAGUUUAAAAGGAAUAUUUUAUCAAUUAUUUACGGCAAAACUUUUUCCAACUAUCCCCAACAAUCUCAGUAUAUCAACCAGCGCACCAACAGAAUACAAUAUGAUGUCAUCGUCAAUGCAAAUAGCUUACCAACUUUUGGUUUUAUCAGUUAUUAUGACUGUGGUGGUUUCCCGACCACAAAAUGGAAUCGAAAAUCAGGAUUCAUCCGAAAGUCAACCAUCAGUAGCAGAUCUGCAAAAUUUCCAAAAAUUCUAUACAUCCUAUCGUCUAGCUGGUCCCGAUGGCUACAUGGGUGUCGAGGAAUCCAGUCCGGUGGAUCGUCUAGCGCUGCAGUAUUUGCGAAAGCCGUCGAACGGUGGCGGUCCGUAUUGGGACCCAAUGUAUCGGCUACCGGAAAUGAAGCGUCAAGUGAGAUAUCGUCAGUGCUAUUUCAAUCCGAUUUCAUGUUUUAAGAAGUAAAUCCUCCAGCCAAAAAAAACGAUUUUUUUUCGUCGCAAAAUCAAAAUAUGAACAUAAAAACAUAAAUUAUAUUUUAAGAAAAAAAGAAAAGAAAAAAAAAAACAAACAAAAAACAAAAGAAUUACCAAAAUAUAAAUGUACAUUGUAUAGUUUUGAAUACAGGCAAACCCACAAACCAACCAACAAACUGAUUUAAUCCUAAACAAA